AUGACUAUUGAAACUACUACCACUACUGUAUCUCCAACUUUAAAAACAACUGCCACCUCUCAGUUGAUUACCUUAGCUGGUGGAUGUUUCUGGGGUGUUGAAAGAGUACUUAGAAAACAUUUUACUGAUAAAGGAUUAAUUGAUAUCAAAGUUGGAUAUGCUAAUGGUAUAGCAACUAUUGAUAAUAUUAAUUACAAAUUAGUAUGCACUGGCACAACUAAUUUUGUUGAAAGUGUUCAAAUUUCUUAUGAACCAUCUCAAUUAACUGUUGAAGAUAUUAUAGAUAUCUUUUUUAGAAUGCAUGAUCCUACUUUACUUAAUGCCCAAGGAAGAAAUACUGGUACUCAAUAUAGAUCUGCAAUUUUAACUCAUAGUAACGAAGACCUUCAAGUAGCAUUAGAAUUAAAGGAUAAAUAUCAAAAGACAUGGUAUCCUAAUGAUACUAUAUAUACUGUUAUUGAACCAAUUAGUAUUUGGUACGAUGCUGAAGAUUAUCAUCAAGAAUAUUUAGAUAAGAAUCCGGAAGGUUAUGCUUGUCCAACUCAUUUCAUUAGAACUCAACCAAAGAAAAGUACAUAG